UUUACGUGCACUCGUUUGUCUAUAGCGUCGCUACAGCUUCGAAAAAAUACUAAAAUACUGACAUUCCACGCCAAUAUGACCUGUCUUUUAACAACGUAGCCAAGGGCGGGAGGGCCGCCCACUGCCAAGCUUCUCUAUUCCAGAAUGAGACGCGAUUGCACCUUUGCUGGGACGACCCAAGCUUUCACAGGCUUAUGUAGCAUUCGACUUAUACAUCCUUGUCUGACCCAAAACUCAGCUUCGCCAGAUUUGGACCUGAUAAUGACUUAUGCUGACACCAUAAGAAUAAUUCGACAAAUCAUAUUCUAACGGAAGUCUUCUAGAAAUUCUAUAUCCUAUCUUACGUAAGAGUUGGAUCGGCAAGUUGACUGGGGGUCCCACAACCUCAACUUCACUCGUCCAUUACCCCUGACGGUUUUGAGGGUUCCCUCAUGUUGUUUUCGUUUUUCUUUCGACCCCUCGGGCCUUGGGCGCUCGAGGCUGUCUGAACUGUCUACUCUCAAUUUCAUCUACAGUUCGGCCCAUCGAGCGUACCUUGACGAUACGGCGUAUCAAAGCUCUAACCUGCCUCUAUCUUAUACAGGUUAUCUCAUACAUACCAAUCGAAUCUAAAACUUGGACUUCAGCGGGCCGUUUCCAUUCCUAUUAGAGAUAGGUUUCGCAAUUGCUGGCGACAGCAAUCGGUUGUGUCCCUUGGGGUGGGAGCAACGCAUACAAUAUGUGCUCCCUUACGAACUUGCGAAUUAUUGCGUGCGCUGCCCCACCACCUACAAUAGCACGGGACGACUCUCGUCCCAAGGAAAAUGUCGUCCUCGCGGAUUGUACUGGGUCACAGAACUCAAAUCAACUAUCAUCUGAAGUCUCAUAUUUCAACCACCCUCCAAAUGAUCAGCCAGGUGACAUCGCACCCGUAACUGAUGGGCAAUACCGCGAUUGGGCAAACACGACAACGUCGGCAUAUUUCACCGAUACUGGGACGACAUUCAAAGCUAUACUAGGGGAGCGCGGCAACGCAGGCGACUACGCAGGAAUAGGAAACAACGGUUACGCGAACUUCUCCUGUUGGCAAAUGGAGUCGACGUACUUGUAUAGCCAUGAUGGCAAAAACUGCUUCGCGGCAUACGAAUGCAAUCACCUAACAUCCCCCAUCCCUAUUCCGUCAGCUUCACCUCCCGCAGCUACAACGUCAUCAACAACACCAACUCCGGUAGCUAGCUCAGGCCUAUCAGUGGGCGCUAUAGUUGGUCUCAGCAUUGGAGUAGCGGCUGGGGCAAUACUAAUUGCAGCCGUGGCUGCUUUCUUAAUAUGGCGGUAUCGACGUUUGAAGAAACAAAGUGAAGCCGCUAUUGGUCCCCAAGAUCCGAGACUAGAGGGUGGACAACACGGAACGCCAAAGGGGCCGCCACUAACGGAUACAAUAUGGCAGGGGCCGGGAGCGAGGGAGUUGGAAACACCACAGGUUUACCAUGAGCUACAUAAUAUUAAUCGCCCCGUCGAGAUUCAAAGUGUCCUUGUAAGAAGCGAGUUGGAUGGGUCUGCUACAAGGGUAGAGCUUCAUUCUAACGACCUACCUCCUCGAUAUGAAUUCGGGAACCCGAUUUCUCCUGAAGCUUACGGAUGCAAUAAAGGGCCUGUUUAUCAUGUCAAUGGUGUGGAGGCAUAGGACAAGUUUCUAGGAUGGCUUUAAAAGAGGGCACUAUUCUAGGCAAUGAUUCCUUCUAACGAGCACACUAGUCCUCACGAGCACAGGAUUCUAGGCGAAGCUAAAAUAAUUUUGCGCAGGAACUCACAGAUCAGGUUCGAGUUUAGCAUGGAAGAUCGAGAGACUCAAUAGAGUAUGCACUCCAUGAGUCCUAAGUUGAUACGACUAAUCUGGCUGGUCCUAGGUAUAUUUGGAGCGGAGACUUGGUCAUGUCCCGCAAGAAUGCCAACAUGUUCCUCAGUCGGUCAACGAGCCAUGACUUAUGGGAAAGGGCUAUUGAAUGUACAUAGAAACGAUAUCAUGAGAAUUAAAUCGAGAAAGCUCUCCAAAC